GAUCCACUUCGGUCCUCUUCGGUACGGGCGCCCGCACGGCAUACAGCCAGCUUCGGGAUGAGGCAGGCGACCUAGGGCUGGACACCAUGGCUGGGCGAUGCGGCAUCGUGCACCAUUACAAGCACGUUGGGACGACCCUUCAGACUUCUGGGCGGUCGAUGCUCGAUGCCCAGGCGAAGGCCACCAAGAUGCAAAAGACCUACGGUCGUAUCGCCCACACCGUCUUCACCUCCUGCCACCUCUCGCAUGCGACCCGCGCUUCUCUAGCGUGCUCGCUUCUGGACUCCCAGCUCCUCUUUGGCGCAGAGUUGUGGUUGCAGGAAGACCCGGUGGCCAGGCGCCGCACGCAAGCGGCCUACAUUCGGCCGCGGCGGCAGAUCUUGGGACACCCUCGAUUCGGCCACACCGACGUCAGCGAUGACGAGGUGCGCGAGCAGCUGGGACACUCCGCCCUGGACAUGGAGAUCACAUGCAGGCGACUACGACUGCUGCCGCUUUUGCUUGACGGCCCACCUCACAUCCGGGCCUUCCAUUGCGCGGAGCCUAAGCCGCUGCACGCCCACCUCCUCCUCAAGGACCUCACUCUGUUGUGGGAGCAUUCCGGGGAGCUGCGCCAUCUGCCGUCGCCAGCGGCGGCACCG